GCAAUAGCAAUAGCAAUACCACGUAGUUGCACUUGCACCAUAGUGAGCAGGCAGGUUUGAAUUGAAUUAUUAUAAGUCCAGUUUAGCACUGUGGAAUGCUUGCUUUGUCACCUUUAAGGACCAUCAACAAAGAUGAAAUUAGGGAGGAAGAGAUGGAGAGCUUUUCGAUCAGAGACAACAAUGUCUUUGCGGACAUUCCGGGUGAGAAAUUACUGGACAGUAUUGAUUUUGAUGACCUUUUCAUUGGCAUCAACGAUGGAGAUGUGUUGCCUGACUUGGAGAUGGAUCCUGAAAUCCUUGCCGAGUUUCAAACCAGUACCGGCUGUGAGGAAUCAGAGAAAGUAGAGGUUAAUAAUUCGAGAAAGGAGGAGGAGGAAGAAGAAGAAAACAAAGUCUCAAGUUGUUCUUCAUUCUUGAAUCAAGGAGAGGAAAUUGUGAGCAAGAGAGAUGAAUCUGUUGCUGAUGUGGAUUGGAUGCUAGAGCUGCACAGGAGAUUUGUGGAAGCAGUGGAGCAGCUGAGCGUGGAUGAGGCAGUCCCUUCAAGGAUUUUAGAGCUUAUGGGAAUUCAUUGUCUCACUCGCCAUAACAUUGCUAGUCAUCUUCAAAAAUACCGAUCGCAUAGGAAACAUUCGCUAGCUCGUGAAGCGGAAGCUGCAAGCUGGAGCCAGAGACGGCAAACAUAUGGUGGUGAUGGAGGAGGAGGAGGUGGUGGUGGUGGUGGUGGAAGCAAGAAUAUUAUGAGCCCUUGGGUGGUUGCGUCGCCUACCAUCGGCUUCCCUCCCAUGAGACCGUUGCAACAUUUCAGACCUUUACAUGUUUGGGGUCAUCCCUCAAUGGAUCCAUCCUUAAUCCACAUUUGGCCCAAACAUCUACUCCCUUCCCCAUCUCCACCACCACCACCACCACCGGCAGCUCCAUGGGCCCACCCAACCACACACCCUUCUCCACCAAGACCACUGCUAGACUCAUCAUUUUGGCACUUACACUACCAAAGGCAUAAGGUUCCAAAUUCUCUUACACCAGGAACACCUUGCUUUCCGCCACCACUGCCAACUACGAGAUUUGGCACUCCAACGGUCCCCGGGAUUCCACCCAAUGAUGCCAUGUACAGGCUCAACCCUGGCAUUGGUGUCCCUCCCAGACUAACAGGUCCCCACCCUCCAUUCGAUUUUCACCCGUCGAAAGAGAGCAUCGAUGCAGCUAUUGGAGAUGCUUUAUCUAAGCCAUGGCUGCCACUUCCUCUUGGACUAAAACCUCCAUCUCUUGAUAGUGUAUUGGGGGAACUACAACUUCAUGGAAUUCCCAAGAUACCACUCAAUUGUGCUUGAAAUCCUAAAAAUAAUUUGGUCAUUUCAAAUCAUAAAUAACCCUAAAUUUGACGA